AAUUAUUAUCCCGGAAGAACAUAAAGCGUGAGGCUCAACAGUACACCUGUCAGAUCAACUGUGCUUCAAACACCCCUUCCUCCUCUGAAGAUGUCCGGCUCUGUAACAACCACCUCUAACGGGGUAGUGGUCGUCACCCAUGUGUACCCCAUGGGGAACAGGGAGGGGGUCUCUUCUACCCCUCACUCUCUUGGACCCAGGCUCUCCUCAGUGCUGGAGAGAUUCCGUGUGGGGCAUCCAGCAGCUCUGGGGACCGUACAGAUCAUGACUGGUUUGACUAUGCUGUUGUUAGGAAUCGUGAUGUCAGUUCUUUCAGAUAGUAUCGGAGUGUUUAGUGGAGUAUUUGUCUGGGGAUCUAUCAUUUUUGUCAUUGCUGGCUCUCUCACUGUUGCUGCUGACAACCACUUGAACAAAUGUCUGGUGAAAGGCUCCCUGGGAAUGAACGUUGUUGCUGCUGUCACUGCUGGGACUGGCCUGGUCAUUCAUUCACUAGAUGCUGCAGGGGUCAUGUUCUAUUGUUACAACGCAGACUACACUUCAUGUGAAAUGUAUUGGACCAGGUCCCAGGGAGUGUCUGGUGUUUUGGCUGUUUUCUCACUACUGGAGUUCGUAGUGUCCCUCUGUGUCUCAGGGUUUGCCUGCAGAGCCGUCUGCGAGGGUUCAGACCCUGAGCCAGUCUUCAUAGUUGGGAAUCACAUUCCGGUACCUCGCGACAGCUUAAUGACUUCAAGUUAUGAACCUUUCCCUCUGCAAAACAACUAUGAGACUGUGAACUACCCAAAGGAACCUGAGGGAGAGAGUACCGCUAGAGGAUUUCAACAGUGCAACCUGCCACCUGAAUACACUGCUGUCGUCCCUUGAAAAACCGACCUCAGUGAAUACCUGGCUAUUUUUGUUGUGGAAUUGUAUGUCUCUGAUGCAGUUAAAUUAAUCUAGUUUUAUGUUUCUGCUGCAGUGAAAUCGGGUUUUAAUCUAGGUUUAUGUUUCUGCUGCAGUGAAAUAGGGUUUUAAUUUAGCUUUAUGUUUCUGCUGCAGUGAAUUAGAGUUUUAAUCAAGGUUUAUGUUUCUGCUGCAGUGAAAUAGGAUUUUAAUCUAGGUUUAUGUUUCUGUUGCAGUGAAAUGGGGUUUUGAUCUAUGUUUAUAACUCCAGAAAAUGGUUAGCAUCACAUUCAAGAUCAGAAUAAUUUGGGUUAUACUGUUAUCAUACUUCAAUGCAUUCCUUUACUGUGAAUGUUUUGGCAUUCCAAAGAUAAAUUAUUAUCUUUUCAAAAGAUAAAUUAAGAUUAAGAGAC